AAGGAGAAUCCCCGAGUUGCAAAUUACGGAGUGUUGAACAAACAGAUGGAGAAAAUGGUGCGACUCAGAUCAUUGUUCCGAUCAGUGAGUUUCAGAUCUCAUUAUGCCUUCGCCGCGCCUUCAUCCACCAACCGUUUCGCCCUUCGAACCGUUUCUUUCUCUCUUCUCUCACGCUCUCCUAAUCCCUCUCCCUCGCCCUCAGAGUGCGGAUCUCCUUUCUCAAUGGGCUUAGGAAGCAAGCGAUUCUAUAGUGAAGAUGUUACCCACAUGCCUAAUAUUAAAGACCCCGAGCUUCAAAAUGCUUUCAAGGAUUUGAUGGCUGAAAAUUGGAGUGAGCUUCCGGAUUCUGUUGUUUACGAUGUUAAGAAUGCGCUAUCUAAAAGUACUGAUGACAAAGCUGGCAAGGAGGUUGUGGAAAAUGUGUUCCGUGUAGCUGAAGCUGUUGAGGAGUUUGGUGGGAUUCUAGACACCUUAAAAAUGGAAAUUGAUGAUAGCAUUGGAUUGAGUGGUGAGGAUGUAAAGCCAUUGCCUCCUCAUAUAAAAAAUGCUCUGCGAACCAUUUUUGAUCGCUACGCCACCUAUUUGAAUUCAUUUGGGCCUGAUGAGAGCUAUCUGCGGAAGAAAGUGGAGACAGAGUUGGGCACAAAGAUGAUUCACUUAAAAAUGAGAUGCAGUGGCCUUGGUUCUGAGUGGGGAAAGGUUACUGUUCUUGGAACUUCUGGACUUGCUGGUUCAUAUGUUGAGCAAAGAGCAUAGCAGAAAUAUUUUAGAAACAGUGCAUGUAAUUGUUUGUGUUUUGUAUCAUGCUUCUGAUGGCUAUAGACCCGUUCGAUUUGUUUCUCCUGACCUUUUUUAUUGUCAAGCGAUGGCAUGGAAAUAAGAGCGCAUAACUUUGUUAACCAUAAUUAUUCUUAUGCCGGAUUUUCUUUCAGUUUCAAUGUCACUUUCAAUAAGAUAAUAAUGCUGUUGAAAUUUUAGGGACUUGUUUAUAUCUUCUUGAAAAUGUGAAAAUAACAAGUCAAGAAGUUAAUUAUGUAUAGCUACUCCUCUUUUGUAUCUGCAAGCACGCGUUUCAGAGAAAAUGAAACAUUAAAACGCCUACAAUAUUUG